UAUGGUUCAAAGCUAUGUCAUAGCUAGCUUUGUUUUACCCGCUUGGUAUGAUAAGGCAGACAAAGGUAUCCGACAUUGGUAUACAAUUCAUUCCUUUCAUUUAUUAUCGUAUCACAAAAAUGCUGGAAAUUGGUUUGGGAGUUAUAUUUGUGGGUAAUUCCGGUACGCAAAUUUGCGAUUUUGGCAUCAGAUUUAGGGUUUUGUAGGAACUGUUUAGCAAUCUUUUGUAGAUUCGGGAAUCUCGUGGGCCGAUUUUGGUUCUUCCUGUUGAAGAAUAAUAGCAUUUUAUGGUUGCAUUUGUGGCCAUGGAGAGGAAGAAAUCCAAACGAAAAUUGCUAGUUAAUUAACUCUGCAUGGGCAAUUUCAGGCAUGAAUUGGCUUGAAAGAUGGAAAUGUGGAUGGUUGUAGCGGCUGCAGGGUCUGGGUAUUUAGCCAAUUAUUGGAACAGGGCUAACAGAAACAAGGAUCUAACCGAUGACGGAAAUUUGGGACCUACACUUAGAACAAGAAACAGAACAAGAAAUGCUCCGAAUUCUUCUACAUGUCAGGUAGAGGAUAAUGCAAAUCCUAAUAAGUUUGGGAUUAUUGGAGGAGCCUUUUCUUUGUUAUCAUCGGAGGAAGAACAAUCCAAUGCUUUCUCUAAGUCGCAAGUUAUGGAAAAUGAAGCUGCCCACUUCGACAGCAAACCUGGUCUGGCAAAUGGUAAAGAUCCAUCGGGGGAAAGAAUAAAGCAGCAAGAGAUUCUCCAGGAAAGUCAUUUUGGAGAAAAUCCUGAUAUGCUUGCAAACAAUUUUGUCGGCGAAUUUGGCUUUGGGAGAAGAUAUGGUUCUUGGAAAAGAGGAUCCUCUUCGUUUAGAGGUAGAGGAAGGGUUUUAAGGGCGGCGAUUAAUAAGCCUAUGUCUUCCCUCGAAAGCUGUCUUGUUAAUUAUGAAAUUAGCGAUAGUAGUUGCAUCUCAUGUGGAAGGCAAAGGACAAGGCAACGGCAAAGGCCUCUUCUUGUUACAGAUGGGAAUAAGAUAGUUAGUAGGGGAGCAGGGAUUUCUCCUCUGCUGCUUCCAAUACCCGGUUCAGAUUGUGGACAUUCUUGUCAUAAUGACAUAAACGGUGAUGGACCUGAGCCUGCCCCUACAACUGGACUUCCUUCUUUAAGAAAAUCCAGUCAAAGUUCAAGGAAUGCAGGUAUGACGAAGAGAAGAAAAACGUGUGGAUAUAAUUCGUCAACAUUAUCUGCUUUCGAAUCCAACAAGCAUUUCCCAUUUCAAGAUACAUCUGCAGGCUAUCUUUUGGUUUGUUUUGGAGUUGGCAUUGGCAUAAUGUCCACAGUCAUGUCAAGCAGGAGGGAAAUGGAGAGGUUAACUUGUUUGCUGAGGCAAAGAGAAGAAUUGGUUGAGGAUCUAGAGGAAGAGCUAGAGAUGCGAGGUUCGUGGUCUGUGAAAGACCUCACUGAUGAUGCCCGUAUUUGUUUAGAAACCUGGCGAAAUCCCUUGGGUAAAAAACAAGGGCAGAGUGAUGCUUCUCUUGAUGCCUUGUCAAAUGAGGCCUGUGAGGUUGAUGGGAGAGCUUCAGUUAGAGACCCUGACAAAAAAAUGGAGAACAUGACCAGUGUUGAAGCAGAGCUUGAAGCCGAGUUGGAGAAACUGGAAUUCAACUUGCAUUCUUCCAAGCACCAGAGAAAAUUUCCUGGAAUCAAUGAGAUUGAUCCAGAUUGUAUUGCUGAUGUUGUUAAUGGAGAACUGAGAGAGGAUGGCCUCAUGCGUAAUGCAGAAUCAGAAGAAGAUAAUAGCUCUUUAAUACAUGAUGAAUUUAAUACAGGAAACUAUUCUGUUUCCCCAAGGGAUUUGGAAAGACGCUUGCAUGAGGUUAUAAUAUCAAGGCUUCAGGAUCGCAUCAUAGAGCUUGAAACAGAACUUAAAGGUACUCGAACUAAAUUGCAGGCAGUGAGAUUAGGUCAGAAGCAAUCAAAUGAGCUGAGUCAAACUUCCCAAUCCUUAAAUUCAGAUCCUGAGGUGCUCACCAGAACAUCUGGUUUUUUGAAAAAUCAAAUUUACCUUCCAGCAGACAAGAAGAAUUCCUCAAAAGAAUAUUUGAAGAUGCCAAUUAAUCAGGAGAAAAUUGACAAGCUUUUGAUUAAAGAAUUAUUGGAAGGAACUCCAACUGGUGAUGGAAUAGGGUCUCAAACACUGAACUUGACCAAGGUUGGCUGUGAAGAUUUCAACCUACAGAACAUUGAUGUUGAAGACUCAAACGAAACUAAAAAUCUGCCUCUCUUUUUAUCUCUUUCAGGAGAUGCUUUAUCUGCUUACACUGAAGCUUAUGACGAGUUAAUGAAAAUGACACUAGAGAAAGGUACUAAUAUGUUUGCCUCUGCUGAUGUUGAGGAUGCCCAACUUUCAAAGCAGUCAGUUUCAGUUGAUAGUUGUCACUGCUAUGGGGGGAGUGAAUCACAACAAGAAGAUGGUAAGUGCUUUUUACACCUUGAGCGAUAUCCAUCACUCUCUACUAAUUUUUGGAAUGCAGGUGGUCAAAAUGCAUGUUUCUCCCAAGGAAGUUCUUGUGUGAGUGGGCUUCAAAGUUUCACAUCUCCAAAACAAAUGGAUUUGGAAUUCGAGGGGAUUGCCUUGAAGAGUUCAUAUUUUCCUGACAAUGUAGUUGAAGAUACUUCUGGAAGUACGCCAUGUUCAUUAAAGUUUGUGGAUACAAAUGAUUUGAUAAAUAUUGAUUGUGAUCAUUACAAAUCUGUGGGCAUGAAUGUAGCUACAGAACCAGAAAAAGUCAUGGUAAAUAUGGAUACUUUGUGCAGGACAGAUGGAUCAAGUUCUACCAGAGUGAGCAAUCUGGAGGGAUCUCAAUUGCCAAUGCCUUCUGCACACCAGACUUGUACUGGAGGAAAAGAGCAACCAAGUCAGCUUCUGGAUGCUUUGCCUACAGUGAGCACAUCUGUACUUGAUAAAACAAGAUUUCAGGGUAUCAUUGGAACAGAGGAAGCAUUAGAAGGUGAUGCAGGUAAAGGCUCGUGUCAUCAACUAUGCAAGAUACCUGGUUCUUUACCAACUUUAUCUGAUAAUGUAAGUCCAACAUCAGAUGAAUCUGACUACUCCUCUGAAGCUGAUGACCAGUUAGGCACAUUGCUAAUAAAGCGUAUUGUUGAGAAGAUUAGGCAAGGAUGUCCUAGUGUUCAAGAAGCAGAAAGUAUGCUAGCUUCAUUGGAUUAAAAUGGCUAAGAAACUUUGAGGAUGAUUGUUGGAGAUGCUAUUUUCAAGCAUUCAAUGCCAAAAAUCAUGAAGCUAUAUUUCAGACUAGGAACAAGGGCUAAACAUGGGAUAAUGCAUUUAAAGUUUGAAGGCUUGGAACCUCUUAAUUGCCCUACAUGAGAAUCAUCUGUACCAGUUAGAGUGGGUAAAAGUUAAGCAAGUUUUGUAAGCCAAAUAGAAGUUUGUAAAACAUGACAGACAUGAGAUUCAAUCUAAAGAGCUAUUCAUUAAUACUAAACCAUUGUCAUAAAUGAUUCUGUAAAGGUGAUACGAGUUUAUAAAGAAUGUUACUGGAGGAAUCUAUAAAUUGUUUUGUUGCUGGUUUUGUCGGAUACACGUUGACUAUGACAGACAUCUGGUGUCUGUAAAAGAAAUUUUGUUCUUGGAAGAAUGUGUUCUAUUUUUAA